AUGGCGGCCGCAAGAGCAGCCGAAUCUCCAGAACAGGGACAAACACGACGGGCAGAUGAUCGGACGAGACAUGCCACUGCAAGAGCAGUCGAAUCUCCAGAACAGGGACAAACACGACGGACAGAUGAUCGGACAAGACAUGCCACUGCAAGAGCAGCCGAGUCUCCAGAACAGGGACAAACACGACGGACAGAUGAUCGGACAAGACAUGCCACUGCAAGAGCAGCCGAGUCUCCAGAACAGGGACAAACACGACGGGUAGAUGAUCGGACGAGACAUGCUACUGCAAGAGCAGCUGAGUCUCCACAGCAGAGACGAACUCGAAGUGAAGAUCAGCGUAGGCGACAAGCUGUCUCAAGAGCAAAUCAGUGGACAUUCAUAGAACGGGAAGCAUUUCACUAUGACCCAGCCAAAAACUAUGAUAAUCAUCCUCAGCUUUGUAUUGGACGAAUGACCGAUGUUUGUCCAUACUGUGAGGCGCUCAAAUGGCCUGGAGAAACACGAGGUAUGUGCUGUUCUGGUGGUAAAGUAAAGCUACCUCAACUUCGGCCGCCUCCUGAACCAUUGGAGUCAUUGAUGUCAGGAAGUACGGCUGAGUCGAAUCAUUUCCUGGAUAACAUUCGAAAAUACAAUUCCUGCUUUCAAAUGACUUCGUUUGGAAUGUCAAAGGAGGUUGUUGACUCUGGCUUUAUGCCUACCUUCCGAGUUCAAGGUCAAGUAUAUCAUCGUGUAGGAUCUUUGCUACCACCUUCUGAUGACGAACCUAAAUUUCUUCAAAUUUACUUCAUGGGUGAUGAUAGAAGAGAAGUACAACAACGUUGUAAAAAUCUUCCUGGCGUACGUCAAGAUAUUGUGGAGAAAUUGCAAAAGAUGGUUCAUGAACAUAACAUUUAUAUUGAUCUUUUCAAGACUGCUCUUCAAAGAAUGCCUUCGGAUCAAUACAAGGUGGUUAUUCGAGCGGACAAAAAACCUGCUGGAGAGCACGCAAGACGUUUCAAUGAACCUGUGGUUAAUGAGGUAGCGGUCGUCAUAGCUGGCAAUGAAUUUGAUAGACGAGAUAUUGUCUUGGAGAAGCAGAACGGGCAGCUACAGAGAGUGUCUGAGACACAUAGAUCUUAUGACGCCUUGCAAUACCCGCUUAUCUUUUGGGAAGGAGAAGAUGGUUAUCAUUUCUGUAUCGCACAAACCAAUCCCACAACAGGAAUAGCUGUCGAUCGUAAGAAAGUAUCGGCGAUGGAUUUCUAUGCUUUCAGGCUUAUGGUACGAACUGGAUCUAUCAACCAUAUCUUACGCUGCCGACAACUUUUCCAUCAGUUUGUGGUUGACAUGUACGCAAAAAUCGAAAGCGAACGAUUGGCUUUUCUACGCCAUAAUCAGAAAACACUUCGGGUUGAUGAAUACAUUCAUCUGAGGGAUGCCAUAGCCAAUGAUGGAAGUGCCAGCAAUAUUGGUCAGUUAGUGAUUUUACCAUCUACUUUUACUGGAAGUCCACGGCACAUGCAUGAGUACACACAAGAUGCUAUGACAUACGUGAGAAACUACGGAAGGCCCGAUCUCUUCGUGACAUUUACGUGCAAUCCUAAGUGGCAGGAAAUUCAAGAAGAACUACUGGAAGGUCAAGUUCCCUCUAAUCGUCAUGAUCUGUUAGCCAGAGUUUUCAGGCAAAAGCUGAUAAAGUUGAUCAAUAUCGUCACGAAGAGCAAUGCAUUCGGGCCGACAAGAUGCUGGAUGUACUCCAUUGAGUGGCAAAAACGAGGCUUACCGCACGCGCAUAUUUUGAUAUGGCUAAAGGAAAAAAUCAAAGCGGAUCAGAUUGAUAGUGUCAUCAGUGCAGAAAUACCCGAUCGUCAACGAGAUCCUUAUCUGUAUGAAACAAUCACUAAAACCAUGAUUCACGGUCCAUGUGGAGCUAUCAAUCCGAAAUCUCCCUGUAUGGAAAACGGUAAGUGCACGAAAAGAUAUCCAAGACAGCUCCUACGCGAAACAGAAACUGGUGACGACGGAUAUCCACUAUACAGAAGAAGAAAUUCGGAAGAUGGUGGUUUCAAAGCCAAAGUCUCAAUGAAAAUUGGCAAUUCCGUUCGAGAAAUUGAGAUCGACAAUAAAUGGAUUGUGCCAUAUUGCCCCUUGCUCAGUCGGAUCUUUCAAGCUCACAUCAAUGUGGAAUAUUGCAACUCGGUGAAGUCAAUCAAAUAUAUAUGCAAAUAUGUCAACAAGGGAAGUGAUCAAGCAGUGUUUGGCUUGGAAAAAGAUGGAACAGCAAUUGAUGAAAUUAAGCACUUCCAAUUGGGAAGAUACAUAAGUAGCAAUGAGGCGGUAUGGCGAAUCUUAGAUUUUCCAAUUCAUGAACGGUAUCCGACGGUAGUUCAUUUGGCUGUACAUUUAGAGAAUGGCCAACGUGUUUACUUUACCGAAGAUAAUGUCUACGAUAGAGUCAAUGAACCGCCAAGGACAACAUUGACAGCAUUCUUCUUACUCUGUCAAAAAGAUGACUUCGCUAAAACACUGUUGUACUGUGAUGUUCCAAAAUAUUACACCUGGGAUGCGUCCGGGAAAAUGUUCAAGCGACGUGUUCAAGGGGCAGUCGUGACUGGCCAUCCAAAUAUUAGGGAAUCUGAUGCUCUGGGACGUGUCUACACUGUACAUCCAAAUAACUUCGAAUGCUUCUUCGUACGACUUUUACUUCAUACUGUUCGAGGCCCUACUUCAUUUGAAGCUCUUCGGACUAUGAAUGGUCGAAUCUGUGCUACAUUUCGUGAAGCAUGUCAGUUACAUGGAUUGCUGCAAGAUGACCAGCAAUGGGAUGCCACAAUGUCUGAAGCAGCCGCAGCUCAAUCACCAGCAAAACUGAGAAAUUUGUUCGCACUCAUACUAACUACAUGUGGACCAGCUAAUCCAAGACAAUUGUGGGAAUCAUACAAAGAGAGCUUAACCGAAGACAUUCUUAGAGAAGCUCGCAGACAAAAUCCUGGAAUGAAUUUGGAUUACACACCAGAUAUGUUUAAUCAAGCACUGAUUAUUCUUGAAGAUAAGGUUUUGGAGAUGGGUGGUAAACAGCUUGAGAAGCUAGAGAUCCCUGCUCCUCAACGAAAUCUGGACAAUCGACUGAGUAGCGCAAUCCUCAGGGAAACAAGUUAUAAUGCGAGAGAAUUGGAUGCUUAUAUAAGAGCAAAUGAACCAUUGUUGGUGCCGGACCAGAGGGCCGCAUACAAUGCAAUUUUGGCCCAGGUCGAGCAGCAAACUGGCGGAAUACUCUUUCUUGAUGCACCGGGUGGAACAGGAAAAACAUUUGUCAUCAAUUUAUUGUUGGCUAAAAUCCGGCAUCAGUCAAAGAUAGCUAUUGCAGUCGCUUCUUCCGGUAUUGCUGCUACACUGCUGCACGGUGGCCGUACUGCGCACUCCACGUUAAAAUUACCUUUUAAGUUCUUGGAUAAUGAAACUCAUCUUUGUAGUAUUCUCAAAGGGACUGGAGAAGCAAAGGUUCUGCAACAAUGCGAACUUAUUGUAUGGGAUGAGUGCACAAUGGCCCACCGAUAUGCAUUAGAAGCCUUGAACCAUACUUUACAAGAUCUUCGUGGCAAUGGAAAGAACAUGGGUGGAUUAGUUGUACUUCUUGCUGGGGAUUUUAGGCAAACGUUACCAGUUAUUCCAAAAGGCACCAUGGCGGAUGAACUUAAAGCUUGCUUGAAAUCUUCGUACCUUUGGAGAUAUGUUACGUCACUGAAGCUCAGUACCAACAUGAGAGUACACUUACAAGGCGAUGUGUCUGCCGGCCAUUUCGCUGAGCAGCUUCUCACGAUUGGAAAUGGCAAAAUACCUGCUGAUCCAGUCAGUGGACUAAUUACCAUUCCAGACAGCUUUUGCAAUAUCGUUGAAUCGGUCGAAAUUCUCAAGAAUCAAGUGUUUCCGAACAUUCAAAGUCACUUCAAGGAUCACAAGUGGCUGUGCGAACGUGCUAUUCUGGCUCCGAAAAACCUCAACGUUAAUGCCAUCAAUCUACAAAUUCAACAGCAGCUUCCUGGUGAAACUGUAUCUUAUAAGUCGAUUGACACAGUUGAAGAUGCUGAUAUGGCAGUUCAGUAUCCGACUGAAUUUCUCAAUUCACUCGAACCUUCUGGAAUGCCAACACACAACUUGCUUCUGAAGAUUGGCUCUCCCAUUAUGUUACUGAGAAAUCUGGAUGCGCCAAGAUUGUGCAACGGUACACGACUAAGCGUUAAGAUGUUAAUGCCUCACGUGAUUGAAGCAACGAUCAUGACAGGUUGCGCGAAAGGUGAGGACGUGUUCAUUCCGAGAAUACCACUGCUUCCUUCUGGUGAUAUUCCAUUUCAAUUUAUCCGACUUCAGUUUCCAGUACGUCUUGCCUUCGCGAUGUCCAUAAAUAAGUCUCAAGGGCAAUCACUCAAAGUUGCCGGCAUCAACUUAGAAACUUCUUGCUUUUCUCACGGUCAACUCUACGUAGCGUGUUCAAGGGUGGGAACUGGGAAGAAUUUAUAUAUUUUUGCUCCUGAUGGGAAAACAAAAAACGUUGUAUACCAAACAGCCUUACAAUAA